AUGGACACCGACAUGCCAAGCAGCCCCCCUGCCCGCUUGUCGGCCCCCUUGUCUCCCCCCGGCGUGUCCCGGACGUUUUACAAGCGCCAGCUGCCCUGCCCCCCCGCCAUCGAGUUUUCCUCCGAGCAAGGCAAGCACAUCUUCGCCGGCGCGCUGGCCGCUGGCGGCGCCAACACCUUCUUCAAGCUGAUCGAGCAGUUCCGCACGCAGGACGAGCCCGCCUUCUGCGGCCUGGCCUCGGUGGCCAUGGUGCUCAACAGCCUGGCCAUCGACCCGCGCCGCGCAUGGAAGGGCCCCUGGCGCUGGUUCCACGAGGAGAUGCUGGACUGCUGCCACCCGCUGGCCCGGGUGCGGGAGGAGGGCGUCACCCUGGACCAGGCCGCCUGCCUGGCGCACUGCAACGGCGCGGCGGUGGAGGUCUAUCCUUCCGGCUGCGUCAGCCUGGGCACCUUCCGCGACAUGGUCCGCGACGCCUGUGCCAGCGGCACCGAGCACAUCAUCGUGGCCUACUGCCGCGCCGACUUUGGCCAGACGGGGGACGGGCACCAUAGCCCCGUGGGGGCCUACUCCGAGGCGGAGGACCUGGUCCUCAUCCUGGACACCGCGCGGUUCAAGUACCCGCCGCACUGGGUCCCCCUGCCCAUGCUCUACCGGUCUAUGGCCCGCAUCGACAAGGCCACCGGCCGCCCCCGCGGCUUCAUGCGCCUGGGCCACCGCCCCCGCCUCGACUCCCUCGACGCCUCGCCCGCCUCGCCCGCGGUGGAGGGGCCGCUGGAGGCGGAGCGACUCGCCCUGGCCCUCCUCCUCGUGCCCAAGCUGGAGUGGCGGUCCAGCAUCGAGAACGAGGACCUGCUCCAGGCGGUGCUGGAUUUGGUGGACCUGUCGCAGCACAGGGUGGUGGACUUCGAGGUGAGAUACCUCGAGUCCCAGUACCAGCAGCUGACGCUGGAGGAGCCUGCGGGGGAGGCACCCUUGGGGAAGGCGCUUGGCUCUGCGUUGCUGCAGCGGGAGACGGGUGGCGGGCAGCAGCGGCAGGAGGCAGAGCAGCAGGCAGCAGGGGAGACUGAGGGCCUGAGCGAGGCUCUCCAUGGGACCCCCCUGGUGGGCCAGGAUGCGGCGGGUGAGGGCCUCAGAGCGGUGCAGUAG